GUCCAUCACUGUGUUAUGCGUCUCUGCUUGGAUGAGAGACUACUUGAAUAACGUUCUCACUUUAACUGCAGAAACAAGAGUGGAGGAGGCAGUUGUGUCUACUUAUUUUCCAGUUGUCCAUCCAGUCAUGAUUGCAGUCUGCUGUUUUCUGAUCAUUAUUGGAAUGCUGGGGUAUUGUGGAACAGUAAAAAGAAACCUUUUCUUGCUUGUAUGGUAUUUUGGAAGUUUGCUUGUGAUAUUCUGCAUUGAACUGGCCUGUGGUGUUUGGACCUAUGAACAGGAAAUUACAGUCCCUGUACAGUGGUCAGAUAUGGUAACUUUAAAAGCCAGAAUGAUCAAUUACGGCUUACCGCGUUAUCAUUGGCUGACCCAUGCUUGGAAUUUCUUCCAGAGGGAGUUUAAGUGCUGUGGAGUGGUGUAUUUCACGGAUUGGCUGGAAAUGACAGAGAUGGAUUGGCCUCCUGAUUCCUGCUGCGUGAGGGAAUUCCCAGGAUGUUCUAAACAGGCACACCAUGAAGAUCUGAGUGACCUUUACCAGGAGGGUUGUGACAAAAAGAUGUACACAUUCCUGAGAGGAACUAAGCAGCUGCAGGUGCUUCGAUUUCUAGGAAUCUCCAUAGGGGUUACCCAAAUUUUGGCUAUGAUCCUUACAAUUACUUUGGUGUGGGCUCUGUAUUAUGACCGCCAGGAUCCACGCACAGACCAAAUGUUGUCUUUGAAGAAUGAUGCUACUCAACACCUGUCAUGUCAUUCUGUGGAGUUAUUAAAACCCAGCCUGACAAGAAUCCUUGAGCAUACCACAAUGGCAAACAGCUUUAACACACACUUUGAAAUGGAGGAACUAUAGUGCAAUCUGCCAGGCUGUGAUUUCUACAAUUUGAAUAUAGCCAUUAUUUUGGAUCCUGGACACUAUAUUUUAAGCUGUCAUGGAAAAGAGGCCACGGAUUGAAGAUUCUCUUAAGGACAAUUGUUUUUCUUUUCUCAUAAAAUUUGUUAGAGUUGUAAUGCUAAAAAUAAUUGUUUUACAAAAUAAGGACAAUUUGUCAUUUUUCACAAAGAUUAUAUGCACCAUGUAAAAAGUAGAUCCCUAGUCUCAUUAUAUUGAGUGAAAAAAAAUAGGCAGGAAUAAUUUUAGGGAUCUCACCUAUUUAAAGUUUUCACUUCAACAAUUCUGUUAGAUUGAGGAUGGAAGUCUUCAGUGCUGAAAGCCCCACAGAUGAUGGAGGGUGAUAGAUAAUCAGUGUUCAAGAGUUACAUAUAAUUUAAGUGAUUUUUCCAUUUCAUUUUCAAGGAACGGAAAUUAGCAAGCCACAAUUAUUGAACGUGUUGCAUUCAGAUCUGAUCCCUUGAAGUUGUUCAUCACAGCUGAGAAAACCCUGAACUUGGGAUCUUAAAAAAAGCACCCUCUGAAAAUAUGGCAAUCUUAUCAGUUUAAUCCACACAUAUGUGAGAAAAAUAAUUGACAGUAGCACUGUGGUCAUGAAUGCACUGAUGGGAGUGCC